AUGGACCUCCAUAAGCAAUGGGAGACUACAGAGUCAAACUGGAUUAAGGAAAGGAUGGAAUUACUGGACCAAUUUGACAAUGAAAGGAAGGAAUGGGAAAGCCAAUGGAAAGUUAUGCAGAAGAAGAUAGAAGAGCUUUGCCAGGAAGUAAAGCUCAGGAGGGAAAGCAAGAAGAACAGCUGCUUGAAAACCGUUCAACAGGAUAAGAAUGUCCAAAAUAAAAUGGUGCCAUUUUCGCCACAUUCCCCAAAUCCAGGACAAGAUGACACUGCAAUGCUGAGUGGCGGACUUUGUCCUGUAAGUCUAAAUCCAGACACCGUGGAAGGAGGCAGCUUCCUUGAGGAAAAAAAUCAAAUGAGCAAGGAACAAAUAACAAUGAGGAAAUCCAAAGCAGUGUUCAUGGACCCUCUGUCCACAAAGAACCAAAAGAAAUAUGAGAGUGGGUCUUGCUUGAAGAUUUCUGAGGAAGAAAGAAAGAGCUGUACUAAUGCCCUCACUACAGCUCUUGAGGAACUUGCCAAAGUUAGUGAAGAAUUAUGCAACUUUCAAGAGGAAAUCCGAAAGACAUCUAACCACAGAAGGACGAAGUCAACUCCUUUUCCCCAGGAAACAAUUAGCACCGUUGAUCCUGACAUGAAUCACAUAAUCAGCAAUGACUCCCCAACUGCUUUAAUCAGUCUAGAUACAGAAAAACAGAUAAAUAAAAAGAAGCUAAGCCAUUUUGAUGAUAUGCCCCAUGACAUUCCUGUUGAGAACAGUGCACCAGAUCCACUUUCUUUGCAAAGAAAUGAAGCUCCACCAAUCCCUCCUCCAAGAAGCACUUCUCGAAACUUUCCAAGCUCAUAUUCUGAAGAGCACACCGUCUUCAACAGCAUAAAGGAAAAUUUAGACAGCAGAUGGGAGACACAAGACUGCAGAGGUAAAAGGAGUUGUGGUAAUAACUUCCCUACAAAGCAGCCUGAAGCAACCGUGUCCUGCCCAAGUAAACAGAACACUUGGAAAGAUCGAGUUACUUUUGCCACUUCAAAGCAAAUAGCCAAAAUAAAUAGUGAAGCUCAAUGUAACAAGGACUUGGAGACUAAUAGACGGUCACAGGAUGUAAACGAGCUUAGAACAGGUACAAAGAGCGUGCCCUCAACACUGUGGUUCCCAAAAGCUCGCCCUAACUCUGCGAAGCUUCCAAAUGAGAAGUUGAUCCAAACCCGCCAGACUAAAUCUGGUUCUGCUUCUCAUGAAAGUGAUGCCCUGAAUUCUUCUUUAGAUCCUAACAGUGACUCAUUUGCAGGAGUUGGUUGCAACUUUGAAAAGAUUUCAAAGAAUGAAAAAUUGGCAGCAAAGACAGAUGAAUUUAAUAGAACUGUAUUUCGAACAGACAGAUGUUGCAGUUCAGCACAGCACAUGCAAAGGCUCUUAAACUCAUCCAAAGACUCUAAGCCCUGUGCUCCAGUAGGUAAAUGUGCAGUUCAUGCAAAAGAAAAUGACAAUCUGUGUUGCAUUCAGAACAACAGCCUCUCAGUGCCCAAAGAGAGAAAGUCAAACAGUUUUCCCAAAAAAGUCACGGGAGGGCAGGUGAAGCAAGCUCAGGAGCAUUCCAAUGCUAGCAACUAUCACCACAUGCUUCAUGAGCAUGACUGGAGACCCAGUAAUUUGUUAGGUCGUCCACGAUCAGCUGAUCCCAAGUCAAACUAUGGAGUAGUGGAAAAGCUGCUGAAAAACUAUGAGAUAUCAACAGGGUCUUUGUCAAAAAACUCAAAAUCCUGCCAAGAUCAACGGACCAAAUUGGAUUGUAAUGUCAUCAAGAGUGACAAGGACCCCAUUAAUCAGUGUUUAGAAAUGUUUCAACCAGAACAAGAAAAGCAAGAGCUUCAGAUGAAGUCAGCCAUGUCUAUGGAACAGCAAAGCAAGCAAGAAGUAGAGAGGAAAGAACUAACAGAGGAGUCUGUGGCAAUGAAAUCAAUCGAUGGGAAAGGGUUUUCUCGGCCUGCGCGGCCAACAAAUCGACGCCCUCCUUCCCGAUGGGCACUCAGAUCCCCAUCUGCACCACGCGCCUUGAAGAAGACAGUGUAUGGCUAUUCUUUUUCACUGCACUCAGAGACUGCAGUUGUCUGA